AUGGCGACAUCGUCCGGUAGUGUGUUCGGGGCGACGCUCAAGACCAUCACGACCACCAAGCUCGAAGAGCUUGCGAAGCAGCGCGCAGUAUUUGAAGAAGAGUAUGCUGUACUGACCACAGCCGCGAAAGCCGAAGCAGACCCACUGAAGCGCGUAUGUCUUCUUCUCGAUGGCUCGAAAACUUGUUUGGGCUUCCAGACGGAGAAGAAAACCAAAGAUGGGCGAGUCGGUCGAGUUAUCAGCGGAACAUCCAGGAACCUUCGUCUCGAGACUGAUCUCAAGAAUCUCGAUCGCUUCGUUGAACAGGCCCGCUUUGAUCCUUCUGUUUCGAACAAAGUCCUCUCAGACUGGGAAAAGACACUGUUGCGGUAUCUUUCCGUUCAGUCGACCAAGUACCAGUACGCCGACCUCUACGGCAAGCUCGUCACUGAAUGGCUUUCUUCUGAAAAGUCUGCAACAGACGAUGGCGAUGUCGAAAUGGGUGAGAGCUUCGAAGAAGUGCCUGGUGCCAAAAAGCUGGCGUCCCGCGCCGCUUGGGAGAAAGACGUCUUCCAAGCGGCCGAAGUAGACGAGCAAGCACUGAGGUCGUAUCUUGAUGAGUUGUUCCAGGCGAACAAGAAAGACAGCUCCGCUGCCAUUCGCGAGCUUCGCAAGACAGUGGAGAACUUCGAGGCUAAUCUGAACUAUUCGACACCGUUCGACCCCCACAGCCUUCGCUCGACCAUUGAAGGUCUUCUGAAUUCUGAUCUGCUUUCGAACGAGAAGCGAGAAGCGCUCAGAGACUUUCUCGAUAAUGAUGUGAUACUCGCGGAACUGUGCGACAUUCUCAACGUGCGCAUGGCAUCUCUCGAUCGCUGGUCUUGGGGACCGUAUGUUCUACUAGAGCAGCGAAGGAAGAUCAAUGGCGACUUCUCUAUCCAUUUCGAUCCGGACCUUCUUCAGGCAAUCUUCCUCCAUUACGUCGGUGUGAAAUGGUCCGUCUUCUUCAAGUCCGCAUUCUUGGAUAUGCACAAGCAUCAAGCUUGGCCGAGAAACUACACAGAGGUUCCGAAAGAUGCCCGUUUGCGCCGAUCGUACUUCCUGGGUGAUAAGGGUGCGAGUACCCAGUCCAGUGUUGAGAAGAAGCGGAUGAGUAUGCACCACAAUCGGUAUCUCGCCCACCAAUUGCUGGACUACCCCACGCAGCGACUCGAGGCCGUAGAUGGCGAAGAGGAGGCAGAGUAUGGAGACUACGUAGCCAAGAAGCGCCGGAAUAACGGACAGCCGGAUGGGGCUCGAAUGCGAGUUCAGUCUAUGUCGUUACCAGCUCGGCAGCAAUCGGUACAGCAACCAAGUGGGGGACGUACGAAGCAGACAGCAAGAAUAGCUUCUCAAGGUGCCGGCUUGUUCGGGGCUGCUGCACCCAACCAACGUGCUGGCGGGGGUUACGCGAGCGCCGAGGUCGACGAGGGAAUAGAGGACGACAGGGACUCGUACGACCGCGACGAUGAAGACUACCGACGCCGAUCCAAGAAACCCAUGGAAGCAAAGCAAGGCCUACUUCAUCUUUUGUCCACCGAGAUUGUUCUGAACACAAGACUGCACGGGGAACUGACUUGCUUCUCUACGACUUUUGACUCGUGGAAUCCACUACUGCCACAUCAGACCAUUUAUACGGUCCUAGACUUCCUUGGCGUCUCGGAUAGGUGGAAGAAGUUCUUCGAGCGAUACCUUCAGGCACCUCUGAAGUUCAAUGAUGACCCAUCCGCUGAGCCGCGUUUACGCUGUCGAGGCAUGCCAGGCUCACACGCUCUGAGCGAUACUUUGGGGGAGGCAGUGUUAUUCUGCUUGGAUUACGCGGCGAACCAAGCCGCCGGCGGGCCAGAUCUAUACCGUCUUGGUGAUAACGUCUGGUUCUGGCACAGGGACUACAACACGUGUGCCAAAGCCUGGGCAAGUAUCGUCAAAUUUGCAGAAGUUACGGGAACCAAGCUUGACCACAAGAAGACAGGCAGUGUUCGCAUCUCACGCGACUCCGAUGCUGAGAUUGACGAUCGACUUCCGGAAGGUGAGAUUCGAUGGGGAUUCUUGCAGCUCGAUCCAAAGAGUGGACAGUUCAAGAUCGAUCAAAAGAUGGUUGAUGGUCAUGUGGAAGAGUUGCGUACGCAACUGCAAGGCAAGAUGAAAAGCGUCAUCGACUAUAUUCAGGUCUGGAACUCGUAUGCGGCUACCUUCUUCAGCUCUAACUUCGGGACAUCCUCCAACUGCUUCGGUCGCGAACAUGUCGAUAUGAUGCUCGCCACCCAUCGCCAUAUCCAAGAUAGCAUUUUCCCCGAUGGGAGUAUCGUACAGCAUCUCAAGACGAUGAUAAAAGAGCGUUUCUCUGUUGGAGAUGUGCCAGACGGAUUCCUCUUCUUCCCGGUCGAGCUUGGAGGUCUUGAUCUGAAGUCUCCAUUCGUUGGACUCUUGCAGAUCCGAGACUCAGUCAAAGAGAACCCGUAUGAUUUGUUGGAUGAGUACGAAGAGAACUUGCACGAUGAUUACAUCACUAUAAAGCGCGCGUUUGACAAGGGUAUCCGGCAUAGUGUGCGCCGCAGUUUCCAAGACGCGAACUGGAAGCCUGACGACCCCAACACAUUCUUAUCCUUCGAGGAGUUCACUAAGUAUCCCGAGACGUUCGCUCCCAUGGGUAAGGCGAACUUGACGGAGGUCUACAAGACGCUGCUUGAGCGCCCAAAAGAAAAGCCCAUCGACGAAAGUGAACAGGUCCUGCAAGCGCUGGAGCAGCUCGAGGACCGUUCUGACAAUUUACGUGGCAUCACCGCACACUGGUAUACUAUGGAUGCCUACUGGAAGUGGAUCGCACAAAUGUACGGCCCGGACAUGAUUGGUAAGUUCGGUGGCCUGAAUGUCGUUGACUUCGGACUGCUGCCGAUCGGUAUGGUAUCCAUGUUUCGGCAGAGGCGUACCAAGUGGCAGGGUUGA